GAUUGGCAAGUGCAUUUGGGUAGGUUGAAGUUAUCAACUAAAAAUUGUCUUGUGGAAAUUAACAAUGUAUUUUUUCAACAAUUUAGUUUAUGUGUUUAAAAAAUCAGGGUUUUGAGAGGAAAUGUAAUACAAAUUCUGUAUUUAUGUAAUUAGAAUAAAUAUCUGCUAAUUUCAAAGGAUUUUUAUGGAGAUAAAUGGGAAUUUACGCUUUGGAUUUGUGCCAAUGGGUCGACGACAUUUGUCGAUAGCAUGUCAAGAUGAUGUAAACAAAACCACGUGAUAUCAGCAAGCACGCACACAACGCUAUGACCUUUCAAGGCGAUAGUUGAAAGUUCAGACUAUUUUAGAUGAAUUAUCAGGACGGACUGAAACUGCAAUCUUCACCAAAAUGGCAGCAGAAGCAGUGACAAGAGUCGUAUUAAGAUGUGAAAAGGCGCAAGAAGAUAGAAACUUAGAUUUAUCAAGCUGUCUACUGGAGUCGGUUCCGCAAGCAGUUUACCAUCUAAUGAGGAAAACACAAUUAUCAUCCAUUGACCUCUCACAUAAUGCACUCACUAUAAUGUCAAAGAAACUCCCAAUGAAAUUUCCAAGUGUUACAGCUUUUAAUAUUUCAGAUAACAAAGUUGAGAAGAUUCCAGAUGAGAUCAAGGAGAUGACUAUGUUAGAAACAUUGAAUGCAUCUCAUAACCAGCUCUCCACCUUGCCAGAGACUUUCUAUGAAUUGUCCUCUCUCAGAAUAUUAGAUUUGAGUCACAAUGAUAUUACAGAUCUAGAUGCAAGCAAACUGUGCAGAAUGUCUGGUAUCAGUGAAAUCAACCUGGAAGACAAUCCUAUACCCGGUGAUAUCUGCACAGAACUAUCACAACAUUCUCAAGAAUGUAAUCUGAAAUUAUUAAUAUCAGAACCACCGUCAUCAGAUCACAUGGACUGAAAGCAAACUGGAGGUGGGGUCAAUGCACUCGAUCUUCCACCCCCCCCCCCUUGGAACACAUUAUUGAUAUCAGUGGUGCUUCCGGAAGAUGAAUUGGGUGUAAGGCAAUAUGUUUGUGCAGUCCAUCCAUGUUUAUAUUUUUGGGGUCACACAGAAUGCUUCAUUUUGUUCAUAACUUUUGUUAAAUUUCUAUUUCAUAAAAUAUUAGUAUUACUAUUAUUAUUCUUAUAAUUAUUGUUAUUAUUGUUAUUAAUAAUAUUAUUAUUUUCAUUAUUAUUUGAAAAGGCUGAACAUACUGCAUUUUUUAUUAUUACCAGAGUGAUACUGUGAUAUUGGAUAAAAAGAGCGGAUUCACAUUAUAAACACAAGAACGCUUUAAACAAGAGCAAAGCCCAUAUAGAAAAAGGGAACCUUUUGGCUUAAAAUUUGGAUUGCGUGAAAUAGUUCAUGAGGGCCCCAUAAAGGACUUAGAGUUUGUGUAAUUUUGUAAUUAUGGUAACUGCCAUGGUAACAGGGCUCAGCAGCCAAUUACGAUGGUUUAAUAGCAAAGUUACAGUAAUUAUCCGGGAUAGUUUUGUCUUUAAAAGUGGGUACCAGGGGGGUGUUUCACAAAGAUUUAAGUAUGACUUAAGUCGCACUUAAAUGCCGACGCGUACAUGAUAUGCAAUGUGCAAUCUUAUUGAUAGAUACGCAGCCAGCAGUGCGCGUCCUCAUGACACGAUCUGACCAAUGCGGUCAAGCCAUUCAUACUGUACGCAACUCGGUAUAUUUAAGUGCGACUUUAAGUCAUACUUAAAUCUUUGUGAAACACCCCCCAGGAGUACUUUUAUUUGGUACACUUAUUGGCUCAAAUCUUUAUUGAAAUGAAUUGAUAUGUGAUGCAUGUAAGCACAGGGGCGGAUCCAGGAUUUUCCAAAA